CUAUUAAAGGCGCAUGCGCGAAUUCAAAAGAGCGUGACACUUCCGCGUUGUGGUCACGUGCUCAGUGCUGUCGUCGACUGGGGCAGUGACGGACGUUGGGCACUACUGCAGCCGUCCUACACACCGUUGUCAGCAGGAAACCAUCGUAGGCAAGCACCAUGGCACCCCCCAAAGUGUCAGUCACCAAGAAACAGCCUUUGGAGGAUGUCGGAGCGUUGGAGCAGAAGGUGGGAGGCAAGGCGUUCACUUCCGGUCUGUACGCCAACAAGGUUGAUCCCAGCUUCGUCGGGUGCCAGCAGACGACGACGUCGUGCCAGCGUGGCCGUUAUCGAAAACCCAUCAUCAUCGGCCUUGCCCUCACCUUUCUCACCCUCAUCAUCUGCGUCACUGUCGUUUGCGUCGUUAUCUUCGUGAUUGAUAAACGACAUGGGCAGAAACCACCUGGCCCCGGAGAUGUCUUCCAGAUGGGCCUCUCCUCCAGCGACGACGUCCAGUACGACGACAACAGGCAGAGGAUCAAUGUCACAAUGAAAGGCCGCCCCACAGCUACCUUUGCCUAUGCAGAUUUCGGCAAGGGAGUGGCAGUGUUCAAGGACGAUGUGAACAAACAAUGCUAUGUUGUAAGGCCUCUUCUAGAGAACUAUCUGAGAGCCAAGACCCGCUGGCAAACUUUUCAGGGAUUCAGGCCAUUCCCUCGUUGUCCUCCUCUGCAAGUGCAAGGACUUAUUGACCCCGCGACCCUGGAUCCAGAGGUCGCCCAGCAAUGUGAAGAUUAUUUGGUCCUCCAAGCUUCAUUCCAGAUUCCUAUAAAUCCUCCACAGGGAGAUGGACCCAUGGGGGAUGGACCCAUGGGAGAUGGACCCAUGGGGGAUGGACCCAUGGGGGAUGGACCCAUGGGAGAUGGACCCAUGUGGGAUGAACAUCAUCAUCACCCUGACAUGCACAUGGAAAAGAAAUAGAAAAUGGGCCCUAAAAAUGAUUGUUAUUUACAUGCAAUUUUCCAGUACACAUGUUAUAUAAGGUUAUUUUUUUAAAUGUCUAAGUAUUCUUCGUGUACUUUUGGCUUCUCGUAGAAAUUUGUUUUGGGACCAUUAAGCAUCACAAUGAAUGUAACAAUAUGAAAAUUUAGUCAUGUUACUUUCAUCAAUCCUUUUUGGAAAAAUAUUACACGAUUAAAAAAACAUUUCAAGUAUGAACUUUGACUGCAACUGCAAUGUGUACAAACGUAUAACUCUUGUAAGAAAAAUAUUUCUUUGACUGGCCAUCAAUGAAAAAUAUGUUUGUAACAGAAGAACAUUAUGCUAUGUACCAGUGUUUUUUAAGUAUAAGCAUUCUUUUCUUAUCUUCGUCAUGUUUAUAAUCUAUCUGUACAUUUAAACUUUUACUAUCCUUUCUUAUAGCCCUUACUUAUCUGUUGGCACUUUGACCUUCUUUUCGUAGAUAACAUAAUUGUUCUAUAUAUGAAUAAAUUUCAAAUUUUCUGAAAAGUC